CUAUUGAAUCUCAAGUAAAUGACAUUCAGAAAAAAUUUUCGUCUUUUCUGUCAGACCUUGCUGCUAUUCCUAAGUUGAUUCCUUCACUCAAAAGACAAAAACAUUCUCCAAACACGAAAUCAAACGUUAGAGAAGCAUAUGACUUCGUAAUAAUUGGAGCCGGAUCAGCAGGAUCAGUACUAGCUAAUCGACUUUCUACAAAUCCGUGUGUGAGCGUGCUGCUACUAGAAGCUGGCUCGACACCUCCAAUUUUGACAGAAAUCCCUGCGGUUGAAAGAUUUUUUGUUCAUACCAGCAUUGAUUGGGAUUUUGAAUCUGUUGCACAAAACAGAUCUGGGAGCAAUCUUAAUGGCCGGAAAGUGAAGUAUGCAAGUGGCAAAGUUGUUGGAGGUUCCAGUGUUCUGAAUGAUGUACAGUUCAGUAGAGGCAAUCCACAGAAUUAUGACGAUUGGGAAUCUAUGGGAGCAAAGGGUUGGAAUUACAAGGAAGUUUAUGAAUACUUCAUAAAAUUAGAAGACAACAGGGAUCCUGAAUAUUAUGCUGAUGGGUAUCAUGGCAUUGGAGGACCUCAAACUAUUUCAAAGCCUCGUUAUAAUCCUAGUUUCAAAAAGAAUAUUUUUGAAGCUGCUAAAAGUUUAGAUAUACCUAUUAUAGAUGCCAACGGUGCUCAUCAAAUAGGAUUUUAUGACUUGCAGGGGACGGAAAGAGAUGGUCAACUUUGCAGCGCUGCUAAAGGCUAUUUAGUUCCGGUAGAUUUUCGUGAGAAUUUGGAUAUAAUACCCGAAGCAUACGUUCGAAAAAUAAUAAUUAAAAAUAAAGUGGCUACUGGUGUUGAGUUCAAGUAUAAAGGUUCCAUUAGAACAGUGUCUGCCAGAAAGGAAGUUAUAUUAUCUGCUGGAACAGUCAACACACCAAAGAUAUUGAUGCUAUCAGGAAUUGGACCAGCUGAUCACCUAAAAGAACAUAAUAUUACUGUUGUUUCUGAUUUGAAAGGAGUGGGUCAAAAUUUGCAAGACCACGUUGGAUCUCUUGAGAAUUUUGUGAUGAAUGCCUCUGUAAAUGUGGCUAUUAAGUUAGCCGAACCAUCCACCAUAGGAGAUUACGUUAACAAUCGUUCAGGACCUUUUUCGGCAGCGCAGCUAGUACUUGCUCUUGCUUAUCUCCAAAACAAUGACAGUUCUGAUAGCCGCGAAAAGGUUCCUGACUUUCAACUGUAUUUCGUGGAAUUGAACAAUAUUCUACCUUUAUUAGAUUUCAAUAUGAAACUGGAGGCAUUUGCUCAAAUAUAUUUGAAGUAUACCCUUUCUCCUUAUCUGGGUUGCCUAUGCCAUCUUCUUCAUCCAAGAAGUCGUGGAACAAUAAUGCUGAAAUCGGCUAAUCCAGAUGAUCCUCCGCUAGUAGAUCCCAACUACUUUGAAGAUCCAGAAGAUGUGCAAGACAUAGUUGCUGCAUUAAAAGCAUGCAGACGAGUGGCUGAAACUGAGCCAAUGAAAAGGAUUGGAGUGGAGCGUUUUGAUACACUUUAUCCUGGAUGUGAAAAAUAUGCCAAAAAUGAAACUGCUUAUUACACUUGCCAAGUGGUCUCGACACCUAUCACUUACUAUCAUUAUGCUGGAACUGCAAAAAUGGGAGAUCCGAAAGAUGAAAUGACUGUAGUAGAUCCUGAAUUACGGGUGAAGGGAAUCAAAAACUUGAGAGUGGUUGACUCAUCCGUUAUGCCCACAAUAACUACAGGCAAUACAAACAUUCCAACACAAAUGAUUGCCGAAAAAGCAUCUUACAUGAUAUCCACCAGCAUCAACUGUAACAAAUACAAUAAGACUUUUGAAGAAUAUGUUCUGUAAACAGUUUGCUUUAAGAAUAUUUCACUAUUAAAUGGAAUUACAAUAUCCAUUUGUAUUAUUUUUAAUAUUUUAAACGGUAUUAAAUGCCCAAUUUCCAAUAAAUUAAAAAUUUAUCAAAUUA